GAGUAACUUAAACUUAAUAAUAAUUAUAAUAAUAGUUUUACCCUACUUUAAUAUUCCAGAAGUAGUCUUAAACGUAUUUAAAAACCGUUUGUUUAUUUGUAGACAUAGAAGCCAAGACAUCAUAAAUUCAUAAAUGAAGUAGAUCUAGAUCUAUAGGCCCUAACCUUCAUUUAAUUCUGAUAAUACAGUUUCACCACACAUAGAUCUAGAUCUAAAUGCUUCUUAAUCAACUUAAUCUUUUAAUGAUUUAAUGUUAAUUUAUUUAAAGCUAAACGUAAACAUUCAAAUGACUAUAGACAUAUAGAUCUAGGUCGAUAAGGGUCAUGGGGUUGUCCAUGGCAUACGCCAAUAUCUUAAGAGAAUACUGUUUAAAUUGCAUGUUUAAAGUUUAAGAGAAAAAUCAGGUUUAGCUUUACACUUUACACUAAUAACUAAUAAUUAUUAAAAAUAUCAUAUGAAUAGGCCUAAUAGAUUUUAUAUACAUUACUUUUUCUACUGUUGUCUAAUUGGCAUAUAAAAAUAGGUUUGAAAGAUGGAGAUGGAGAACACCAAUUUAGAGAUGAGAGCAAUCUUUAAUUCUUUGAAAGAUACGUUUGUGAAGUAUUUGCAGCCCGAGGAGUUACAAAUGAAAUGCAGUGUCAUUGCAUCCUGUUUGUUCACUGAUGAGAAAUUGAAGGGACUGCGUGGUUUUUUAAGUGUGCCAGUUUGCUGUUAUCUUAACUCACUAAAUACAAUCAUUGAUGGAAGUUUGAUACAGAAAUUAACUCUAAAUGAUUUAAUUUUUGCACUUGAUGAAAUGCUUAAUAACAAAGUCAUCACAGCUAAAACGUACACAAGAUGCAAAUCUACCAUGGACACAAAACAAUGCUUUACAACUCUAUGUAAAUCCAGCAAAAUAAAUAAGCAUGAAUGGCCAUUCAUUUUUAUAAAUGCACUGGCACAAGUCCAACCAAAGCUGUUUAAGUUUUCAAGUUGUAAUAAACACUCUAAUCUUUUAGAUGGAUUGUCAACUGAAAACACACAUAUCCAAACAGCUCACAGCGGUGAUGCUCUCAUUGUUGAUAAUUUUCUUCCAAAAAGGAUGGCAGGUCCUCACAGUGUUGAUAGUGAUUUCUCAAGUAUAUGUGCUGAUUCAAAUACACAAAGCGAACAUUUGAUGGAAAGCAUUAUCGAGGCUGAUAAUGGUAAAAUGCCUGAUAAAACUAUUGAUGAGACACAUGUUCUGAAAGUCUUACAGGGAACAGUCACAGACAAAUCAGAGUCGAUUGACAGCACUCUUAUCAAAACUCAACACAGUGUUGGUCCUCUAAUUGUUGAUCAAUGUCAUCCCAAAAGGAUCACAGGUCCUCACAGUGUAUUUAGUGAUUUCUCAAGUAUAUGUGCUGAUUCUAAUGCACAAAGUGAACCUUUAAAAGAAAAGGAUAUAAAUGUAAAAGCUGAGCUGGAGGAAUCUGCUGAUGAGUCACAUGUUCGGAAUGUUGUAAAAGUAACAGAACAUCCAAGUGAUACUGUAAAGCGUAUUGAUGGAAAACCACUGAGAAAGUAUCAAUUGGAAUUAGCAGAAAAAGCAGCCUUGAAGGGUGUAAAUACAAUUAUAUGUGCACCAACAGGCUCAGGAAAGACUUUGGUUGCAGCUUACAUAAUUUUUGAUCAUUUAACAAACUCAAAAGCUCUAAAAAAGAGCAAAGUGGCAUUUCUGGCAAAAACUAUUCCCCUGGCAACUCAACAACAUAAAUUCCUAAGUGAUUAUCUUCCUAAUUGUUACAAGACAGAAAUUCUUACUGGAGAGAGCAAAGAUAACUUAAACCUCAAAAGUGUUCUUAAUGCAAAUGAUAUUGUUGUGAUGACACCUAUGAUACUGCAAAAUAAUAUCCAGUUUAAAGACUUUCAGUUAAAUGAGUUUUCACUUUUGAUAUUUGAUGAAUGUCAUCAUACUCGAAAAUUGGAAUCAUACAAUACUCUUAUGAACUGCUACAUCAAACUCAAACAUAAUAAUGGCAUGCAGUCACAAAUGGAAAGCCUACCCCAGGUUGUUGGUCUUACAGCCUCAGUGGGUGUUGAGAAAGCACAUGAUUUAGAACAAGCUGUUACUAGUAUACUUUCACUCAUGGCCAAUCUUGAUGUAUGCAAACUCUCUGUGGUAGAAGAUAACUUAGAUGAUCUUGAAAACUUUGUACCUAGACCUGAUGAUUGUCCUCCUGUAACACUAGAAAAACUAGAAGAGGACGAAUGUAUUAAAAAAGUUAAUUCAAUAAUGAUGGAACUCGAGAGAAAUAUUGACAAGCAUGCUCAAGAACUAAACAAUCAGAAGGUAUUAGAUGUGUUAAAAACAAAGCCGUCAGACAGAAAAAUCCAAAGUUAUGAACAAUGGGUUGUUAAUUUGAGCAAUGCUGCAAAAACACACCCUAUCGAUGAUCCAGAGCGUGAGACUAACAUGAAUGUCCGAACACUGAUAAUCAUUUCCGAAUAUUUAAAGGUUUACAACUUUGCAUUACAGACCAAUGAUUUGGUUGAGCUUACAGAUAUUAUGCCAUAUUUGAAAAAUAGUUUUGAUAAAUUCAACUUCAAAAAUAAAACCCAAGAUGAAGCUAAACUUUAUGGAUAUUUUGAAGAUUUAGUCACCCUUGUAGAUAGUGGGCAUGGAGAAGAAAACCCAAACCUUUUAACCUUAUCCAACACUUUAGAAGAAAUGCUAAUUGGCACAGGAAAAAAUUCACGUGGAAUAAUUUUUGUUAGGACACGAGCCCUUGCAGAAGCUCUUGUGUCUUGGCUGAACAGAGGCAACAAAAGUUUUCUAAACGCUUCAGUUUUAACUGGAACAAAUGCAAGUGAAGCUGAGGGAGGAAUGUCACCACAGACACAAAAACAAGUUCUUGACGACUUUAAGGAAGGAUUGAUUAGACUUAUUGUUGCUACUUCUGUUGCUGAGGAGGGUCUUGAUAUUCCACUCUGCAAUUUAGUGAUCCGGUACAAUCAUAUUGGCAAUGAAGUUACUACAAUGCAAACACGAGGAAGAUGUAGGAAAGAAGGGGGAAAAUCUGUUCUCUUAGCUAUGGAAGAUGUUAUAAACAGAGAAAAAAGUAACAUAGAAAGAACCAAGUUAAUGGCAGAAGCGAUAAAUAAAAUAAAUCAAAUCGAAUUAUCAGAAAUUAAGGCGCAAAUUUCAUAUUAUCAGUCUGAGAUUAUAAAGAAUGCUGAAAUUGCUGAAAAAAAUAAAGACAAAAAAGACCACAAAGAAGUUUGUUUCAAAAUGGUUUGUUUCCUUUGUCGACAAACUUCAAUAGAUUGCUCUAAAGUGCGGACAAUUUAUAAAAAGCAUAGAAUCUCUAUUGACAGUGAUCUACUAAAAUAUGGUAAAGUUAUGAGAAAGCCUAGAAAGCCAUACACAAUAGAUGAAGUCGACUUUUUAGGACCAGUUCUAUGUCAGGGCAAAGUCGAAGGAAAAGGAAUAUGUGGAAACUCAUUGGGCUCUUUGAUCAAGUAUAAAAAUGUCCAAUAUUUUGCAAUGGGCAUAAAAGCCUUUGGAUUUUUUAUUGGCACAAAUACAGAUCUACAAAAGUUUAAGCAGUGGGAUGGGGUAGAUUAUGUUAUUGAAGAACUUACCCCAUCUGACACAAAAAGCUAUCUUGAAAAAUUAAAGAAUGAAGAUGGUUUAGACCAGUGGCCAGCAACAAGUAGCGCUAGAGCUGCAUAUGGCUUGUAAAAUGGUUAAAUGUUUUUAUUCUCAUUUUUAAUUUUAUACUAAACUUCAAUGACAAUCAACAUAAAAGAAAAUAUGUUUUAAAAAAUAUAUUGGACAAAGAAACAUAUACUUCCAGUAUCAUGUGCAUUUUCUCUACUAGCUGGUUAGGCAGUUUUGAGCCAGUCAUUUGCUACUCAAUGACAAAGAAAUUUGUAUUAAAAUAUCAAUCAUUAUCUACAACACUUCAAAUAUUAUUGGAGGAAAAACAACAUGCCAAAUAUGAGCAAGUACUGUAUUGUACAUCACUUUUUGCUUUGUCCUGCUAUAAUCAAAUACUUAGAUUAUUCUUAGAUGAAGUAUAAAUUGAAGAACUGAUGGUCUACACAAUAUUUAGAGUAAGAAACUAUUCUAUUUACUUCUGCUAAAACCCUAACAAUAAAAUAAUUUAAAUCAGGAAAAAUGUUGAUACCAGUUUUAAAUUACUUUGUAUAAGGUCACACCAACAUGUUCACUGGAAAGAAAACAGUAAUGAACAGCAGACUUAACAAUGAUGUGAAUUGUUUGAUGAUUUUUCAUUCCACAUCACUGUGCAUCAAAUUUUCACAUACAGUUUCUGCAUAAACACUAAAAAAAUAAAGAUACCAAGUUUAUGAAUCUCAUUUGCAAAAAACAAGGUAUUAAAAUAAAAUUAAAAAAAAAAACAUCCUUGAAAGAUAUCUGUGAUCACUUAAAGAAUUUAUCUUUAAAUAUUGUAUAUAUUUGUUAAUAUUUACUUUUUUAUCAACAUUUCAGCUUUAUGCCAAAAUUCUGUAAUUACAUACUAUUUUUAAUAGAAUUGUUUUUUCCAUUAUGUUUUGAAUAAUGUUUUUAUAAUGUUGGCUUACAUUUUUCAAAUUGUUUAUUCUAAGAACAGAUCAAUAAUACAUGUUUACAAUAAUUGUUAAAACUUUGAAGGAUUGACCAUGUUUAGUAUGUUGUCACCAAGUUACAUAAAGUAAAUUCAAGUAAAAAAAUAACUUUAAAAACCAUCUUGUAAUCCAUAUUCAGACAAAACAAUUUAAUAUUGAGCUGUUUUCAGAAAUGUAACUUUGCAAAAUGUUAUAUAAUAAUUCCUUUUCAGUAGAAAUAAGUAACUUUCAUUGACAAACUUACAUAUUAUUAAUAAUGUAGUUUUUAUUUUGUUUUUUUAUUUGCUACAUAUAGUAUAGUUUUUAAUAUUCUUUUUUAUUUUUUGUAUUAUGUCAGUAUUAUUACAUUUUUUCUCAGAUGAAUGUAGAAAAAAAUGGUCUUUUGAAAAAAAAAGCAGGUUGAGUUCAGACUUAUCUAAAGUAAAGAUUUUGAAAUAAUCCCAUGUGUAGGCACAAUCAUUUGCUAACAAAUUAAUUAGAUUACUUGCAGUUUAAGUUUCAGGGUAGAUUUCAAUGUUAGAUAAUAGAUAAUCAUAUUUUUCUUUUGUUUAUUUAAAGAGUUUUUAUUAGUUUGACUUGUGAAAAUUCAAUUUUUAAACCUUGUGAACAGUAAAAUAUAUGAACUUCAUUUCUCCAACUCUGCAAACGUUGAUUUUAAAAAAAAUGAAAAAAAAAAUUACAACUAAAAAUGAAAUAUUUAUAAAGUAAUGCUAAUGCCAAAGAAUCAAUGUUUUUGUUGGUGUAUGCUCUCAAUGUAUGUAAUAUAUAAUUGACAUACCUUAAAAUGAAUCAUAUUUUUUAAAAUAUAUUUCAAAUUGCAAAUAUUAAAAUGCCAAAUUUAAUUUUGAAUAACUAAGGAAACAAAUAUUUUUAACACCUAGUAAUAUAACAACAUGUUU